AUGCCCCGAAUCGUACUUUACCAGUAUCCCGGCUCCCCUUGGGGCGCCAAGGUGGCCUUUUAUCUGGCCCUUCGAGGUAUCGCAUACAGCGAAUGCCACCAGCCCAUGACAUGGCCACGGCCAGAUCUUGAGCCACUCGGCAUCCGAUACCGUCGGAUCCCGAUUAUGGCGAUUGGGAGAGAUAUUUACUACGACUCCUCUCUCAUUUUCGACAAACUGGAAGUCCUGUACGCGGAAAACCGGAUGGGCGCUACGAAGCCGUCUGAGCAGGCUCUGGAGAAGUUGACCGAACGAUGGGUCGAGACAUGCGUGCUCCCCUCGGUUUUCUCUUUGCUGCCCACCGAGCUGCCAUUUGUCAAGGACGAAAAGUUCCUCCAAGAUCGGAUGACGCUAUGGGGGGAGGAUAUGAGUGCAAAAGCCAUCUCCAGUGGCCGAUCCAGGUCUUUGGUGGAAAUGCAAGGCCACUUUGCUUUUCUAGAGCGUCUGCUGCAGGAUGGACGGACAUGGCUGCAGGAUACUCCUGAACCCAGCUUGACUGACAUUCAUGCCGUCUUUCUGAUCGACUGGCUUUCGAAAAUGCCGGGCGCCUUGCCAAACAAUUUCUUCCCUACCGAUGUCUAUCCGCGCACGUGGGCCUGGCUUGGAAAGUUCCAAAGUACACUUGCGGAGUGCCAAGGCAGAACCGGGGCGCCAAUUCUACUCGCCGGACCCGAUGCAGCAAAGCAGAUUCUGGCAUCCGAUUUUGGCGAGCCUCAGGGCAUGACCUCUGCCACGACUGGGGAGGAGGAGGAUCCCACCGGGCUGAAGAGGGGGCAGUUGGUUGCCGUCUAUCGAAAUGAUGACAUCAUCUCCCGCACCAAGCAUCGAGACAUCGGGCGUCUGAUGUCAUUAACCCCACAUGAGAUCGUGGUAGCAAUUGGCGCGGGUACACGCUCAGAAGUGCGAGUCCACUGUCCUCGGUGGCAGUUUGCGAUAGAAGGGGUUGAGGAAUAG